GGGGCGGCGCCCGGGCAUGGAGGCCGACGAGAGCCGGCGAGGGAAGGACCCGGCGGCGCUGAGCGGGGGCCACCUCUGCCACGUCUGCGGGUACCAGUACCCCAACGCGCACCCCAGCGCCAAGCUCCGCCGCAGCCACCGCAAGCACUGCGGCAAGGCGUCGCCGGCGCCGGCGGUGCCGGAGGCCGAGGAAGCCUUCGUGGGGGUGGCCGUUGGCGUGGGCGAGCGGGGAGAGGGCGGCGCCGGGGAGCGCAAUGCGGACGAGAGGACGGCGAUCGGUGGGGGAGGAGGAGGACAGCGAGAGGGGAUCGGCGCGAGCGAGGCGAAUGGAGGAGGCGCUGCGUUGCGCGGAUCUGCGGGAGGAGUUCACAGUUCGGCGGAGGACAAGGUGGCCCCAGCACAUGCUUCUCCUACUGGUGCUGGAGCUCAAGUCAUCACCACUGAAUUAAGUGAAAACAACCCCCUGAUUAGUUGUGGUGACAAUGAAAGUGCUUCUCCCGAAGAUGCUGGAACUCAAACCAUCACAAGUGAAUUAAGUGAAAAUGGCUUUGUCAAUUGCAGCAGAUAUUCUAUUGUAAAUGAAGGCGAUGGAACUGAAUCACAGAUUGCUUGCCCUAAUGGAAGUCAAACUAGAGUGGGACAUCCAGCUGAGCGAGAAGACAGUUUUGAUGAGUACCAGGAUGCAUCUCCGUUUCUUCAUCAAUCAGAUUCUGAAGAUGGUGUAGCACCAACUGCAGCACUUUCUACAGAAAUCAAUAAUUUGAAUAUUGUUUCAUCAGAAUCAAGUGUCUCUGCAAAUGAAACUUAUUUUGAAACAAAUGGAUUAUGCAAAGAUCACUUUCCUGGAGAAACCAAUAUGAGAGAUUUAACUUCUGACUCCAAAGUUGGAUAUGAUUUGGAGGAUGGAGCUCUUAGAUUGACUGAGCCUGAAGUAAACCUGAAGCUUGGGGGUCCAUAUGAACACACUAUGAAUGUAGGCAACACUUAUGCUGAUAUGGUUAACAGUAAAUCUGAUAAAACAUCUGGCCAAGGUGAUGUGAUUGGUAAUUCGAAUGCUUCAUCCCUUCAGGAAGUCCAUCCACUUAUUUUGGAACCAGAAUCAGAAUCUACAAGCUCAGAAAAGGUGCAAGGUUUUAUGGAAGAUAGAUCGCAUGUUUUGCAUACCAUGUCUGAAGCAUCAUCAAGACCAGUAGUAGGAUCAGAUAGUGAAACAAUAACCAAUCCUAGCACUGACACCAUGCCAAUUGGGAGUGACCUGAGGGUCGUUUGUACUGAUAAUACAUCCAAAGGUUCCUCCAUGGAGCUCCCCACACAGAACUGCACUGUUGCUGAUAUAUCAGAUGAUCGUCAGCCUGUUGAGAAUUCUUGCAAGAAAAGUUUAGAAUGUCCCGCAGCUGGUUUUCAGUAUGAUCUUCCUGUUACUAAUGUGGGUAAUAUUCCUAUUACUAAUGUGGGUGAUCUGGAAUUCACCUUUGAGGAGAAGCCACGACCAGAUAUUGUUGAUGAAAAUCUUUCUGUACAGAAGACUAAUGGAUUCACUAAAGAGGAAGUCUGCAACAAACAGAUUGACACUGAGAUCUGUACUGAAGAUCAAUUUUCUCCGAGUCAGAAACAUGACUGUUUACUAACAGAUCAAGCACUUUCUGUGAAGAAUCCAUUUAAUCUAGAUGAUGACAGGAAUGAUGAUUUGUUUGAACUUCCCACUGACAGUUGCUAUUUGGAGGUACCAAAUCCUGUUGAAUUGAGACAGCAAGUUGAUUCUACAUCCCUGAUGGUGGAUCAACCAACAGUCUCGAACCCAACUAGGAUGGCUGAAGCACAACAAUGCCAUAACUCAAAUGAACGCAUACUAUCCUCGUCAAGUGCUAUGGAAAAUGGUGAAGUAAUUUGCCCAGAAGGCAUGCCUGACAGCAGUAGUUCUGAACUUGUGAACAAGACUUGCUUGAAUGACCAUGGCCUUCAGGAAGAUGGACAAUCAAGUGGUGUCAUUUUGGUGCCAUCUCAUGCAACCUCUGUGGGGUUUAGUACAGUAUCUAUGCAGGAUAGCAGUGCGGUCCGUUCAGAAGUUGAAGAAAAUAUGCAAGCCAAAGAUGCUAGUGCAAAGGAGAUGACUGCAGUACGAAACAUAGAUGGUAUUGUAAUGGAACAGGCUACUAGUACUACUGCUAAUGAUGCAUAUGCAGCUAAUGUUGAAGAAAAGAAGGUGACUGAAGACAGCGCUGCUGAGAAUGAGGCACAACACUCAGAUCAUGUUGAGAAAGAGAAGCAGGCUGGCGGUACAGAGGUGAAUUCAGUACAGAGCAUGGGAAAUCUUGAAGAAAAUAAGCAGACUGAAGACACAAAUGCAAAGGAGAUGAACGCACAGUUCAGUGCUGAUGAUGUUGAAGACAAAACACAGACUGAUGACACCAGUGCAGAGAAGACGAAUGCAGCAGGAGGCACAGAGGAUUCUGAAGAAAAUAUGCUUGCUGAAGACAUUACCGCAAAGGAGAUGAUUACAGCACAAAGCACAGAUAAUGUCGAAGAGAAGCAGCAGCCAAACGGCAUAGUCAGCCAAGAAGGGAACAACGCCAAGCAGCACGAAGAGAUUGCCGCCCCAGGCAUGCGGCUGAAUUCAGGAAGAGCCCACGUCCCUCUGAAGGUCCUCCUUGCUGAGGCAAGCGCGGAGAAUCAAGUGAAGAAGCCCAGCACCAAGGAGCGGGUGCUGUCGUUCCGGCGCCGGGUGUCCAAGGAUGGCAACUCCUCGGCAAAAUCCGGGUCCCCCAAAUCCAGCUCCGACGACCAACACUGGAGCUCCCCUGCCAAGCUGCCCCGCAAGGAUGUCGGGAAGAGUUCGAAAGGGAGGAAGCAGCCGUGGAUGCCGUUCAUCUGCUGCCACUCCGUGCACUGAAGGCGCCGCCUUUCCUGAGAAACGGAAAUGUCGUUCGCGAACCGCGACCUUGAGUUAUAUUUGCCUUUGCCGAGAACUACACUUACGUGUGCUGCUGUAACUAACGCUGUCUCCGUCCCUGUGUAGAUAGUCUGUACAAUCAAGAUGGGUUUGAUA